UGUAACUUUGUAGUUAACUUUUCACUUUUACUUUCCUCCAAUACAAUCAAGCGACAAUUAAUUAGUGUGUUCAAUUGACCAUCUUAGAUAAUUUUAAGAUGGUUGGAAAACAAUCUGAAUCAAUGUUCAUCAUAGUUACUCUGAUUGUUAGUUUAACUCUUCCAAUUAAUAUUCGAGCUCAAAAUCCACUUGGUUAUCCAUAUCUUGGAUUACAAUAUAAUCCAUAUACAAGUCCACUUUUCGGCUAUGGUAUGGGUCCACAAUAUGGGACACUCUAUGGGUCAUUAGCGUCCAAUUAUUUAUACGGUAAUUCAGGUCCAUACGGAGGUGUUCCUGCCUAUGCUGGUUAUCCUGGAGGUUAUGGUGUAUAUGGUGGCUUUGGUGCUCUCGGCUAUGGUACUCAUGGAGUAGUGGGAAAUUAUAAACAAUAUUAUGGUUAUAAUAAUGGUUAUGAUCCAUAUGAUUAUAAGGCUCGAUCAGCUUCUGAUUCAACGAGUCAGGUCACUGGUCGGAUAUCGUCAUCAUCGUCAUCAUCAUAAUGAAUAUUACACAUCCUUAUGAUACAUUUGUAAAUGUAUUUUAUCAUAUUUUUCAAUAAACACGAUUUCAAUUACCAAAU